CGGAAGACGCAGAGCGAAGAUGCUGAUGAGGAGUGCAUGGUGGGACGCGGAAGGAUGGGCGCCGGCCGAAAAUGAAUUCCAUCCUCGUCAGCCCCAGUGGAGGCCGCUUCGACUUUGAUGAUGGGGGCACUUACUGCGGCGGAUGGGAGGACGGCAAGGCCCAUGGCCACGGCGUCUGUACGGGGCCCAAGGGUCAGGGAGAGUACAGUGGCACCUGGACUCAGGGUUUCGAGGUGUCUGGCAUCUACACAUGGCCCACGGGCAGCACCUAUGAGGGCCAGUGGGCGAACGGCAAACGCCACGGCCUGGGUGUCGAAACCAGGGGCAGGUGGAUCUAUAGGGGGGAGUGGACAGAAGGAUUCAAAGGACGCUAUGGAGUGAGACAAAGCAUCUCAUCCGCUGCCAAAUAUGACGGCACCUGGGCCAAUGGACUGCAAGAUGGAUAUGGUUCCGAGACAUAUGCAGACGGAGGAACCUUCCAAGGACAGUGGGCAAAAGGCAUGCGGCACGGCUACGGGGUCCGAAGCAGCGCUCCCUUCGGUCUCGCCGCCCACACCAAGCAGUCAGCACUCCGCAAGUCCGACUCCAUCAGCGACUCUCCCCAUCAAGAAAGGCACCCGGAAGAAUGCAGGGGUGGGUUCGUCCUCAAAGAUUCCAGCCUCAGGCACGAUGGGACCUGGGGACGGUCUCUACCAGAGCAUUCCAAGAGCUCCACACUCAAAACUCUGAUGUCCAAGACCAAGAAAGGUGACAGGACAAGCUUCGAAGAGAUGAGUGAAGGUUCGGAUUCCGACGCUACGGAGGGAAGCUUCGUGGCCCAGGACGAGAUGAUCGACGCGAACGUGAUCGAGACGUAUAUGGGGGAGUGGAAAAACGACAAACGCAGCGGCUUCGGUAUUGCCGAAAGAUCCGACGGGGCUAAAUAUGAAGGCGAAUGGUACAACAACAAGAAGUUUGGAUACGGACUCACCACCUACAAGAUUAACCGUACCUCUUGUACAUUGUAUCCUGUGAAUGUUUCACUCAUAGCGUUUGAUAGUGAGAAUUCUUCUUGGAAAGACGAACUGUCUUUUGGUACAUUUUGA